AUGGUGAAUUCCACUCCUGUAAUUACACCUGGAACUUUAGAAAAUUCCAGGAAAAGGAACUUUAAAUUACCAAAGUUGGAGCUUCAAAAAUUCAAUGGGGAGACCCGAAAUUGGUUAGGAUUUUGGGGACAGUUUAAGAAGAUCGACGAAGAUGUAAAUAUAGAUGACGAUGAUAAAUUUCAGUACCUAUUGCAGGCAACGGUCGUUGGAUCCCCAGCGAGAGAGCUCAUAGAUAGUUAUCCUCCCUCAGGCGCGAAUUAUAAAGAAGCUAUCAAGCAGCUAAAAUCUCGAUUUGCAUGCGACGAAUUACUGGUAGAAAAUCUAUGUUCGCGAAUUAUUAAAGUCCAGGUUUUGGCUCAAGCUAGCAAAAAUGGAAAUAUGAUUCUAUCCAACUUAUAUGAUAAGUUAGAGAUGCAACUCAGAGUUUUGGAGACGUUGGGGGUAAAAAGUGAGAUUUAUGCAGCUAUGCCCUUGUAG